CCAGUCUUUGGGGUUUUGGAGUGCAUGUGAGAAUCAACUAGUAGUAAACGAAAUCCGGGGGGGAUAAAGUUAAAUGUCUGCUUAAAAAAAGGAAAACUACCGCACGGAAAUUACCUGUAGCGGCAAUUUAGGGUUACUUCUUUAAACAAGGUGCACAAUGCAGCAUGGAUGAACUAGUGAAGGACACAGAGUAGAAAAAAAAGAAACCACGGAAGCAACUCCAGUAAACACAGUUUUUUUUUAUCGCAAAUCAGACGUUAUGUCUACCUCGACAAAGCAUGAGAGAACAGUUUGUGUUCUCCUUCCCAACAAAGAGCAGCUGGACAUCACUGUGGGGCUCAAGGCUACAGGACAGGAUGUUUUCAAUCGCGUAACAGAACAUCUCGGAAUCACUGAGCUCCACUUUUUCGGCCUCACAGUGGUCAAAGACAACGAGCACAUAUUUUUAGACCUUGAAGAGAAGCUGGUGGAGUAUUUUACUAAGGAAUGGAAGCAAGAACCUGGAAAGGUAUCUGGGAGGAGACUCUUUACUCUUGUACUCUUUCUCAAAAUACAGUACUAUAUUGACAAUGGAAGACUCAUUAGUGAGAAGAAGGCCCGGCGCCUUUACUUCUCUGCUCUGCGGGAGCGAGUGCUGCACUCUGAAUGUCGUCAGCAGGAGGAGGUGUACUUCCAGCUGGCAGGUUACGCUCUGCAGGCUGACUUUGGUGACCACCUACUGCAGAGGGAGGGUGCAGAGGUCACACCCUAUUUUGCACCCAAGGACUACUUUCCCCCCUGGAUUGUUGCCAAACGUGGGGAGAACUACCUGCUCUGUCAUGGGCCUAAAGUACACCAGGAGCUUUGGGGAAUGUCUACUCGUGACGCAAUCCUUGGCUUCAUCAGAGACUCGUGUCAGCUGGAGGACGUUCCCGUUACAUUUUAUAGAUUGCAAAAGACCAAGAAGGAGGACAGAGGAACGGCACUGCUUGGCCUCACCCUGUGGGGAAUGCAGGUUUAUCAGGAGGUGAAUAACACUCGACAGCUGCUCUAUGACUUCCCCUGGUCGAAUGUCGGUCGUCUAACCUUCCUGGGCAAGAAAUUUGAGAUCCAGCCAGAUGGUUUGCCAUCAGCCCGAAAGCUGGUUUACUACACCGGCUCGUCGUUCCGCUCUCGCCGUCUCCUCUUGCACCUGAGCAGCAGCCAUCAGCUGUACCUCAAGCUGCAGCCUGCACUGAAACAUCUACGCCAGCUGGAGGAGACCAGAGAGAAAACAUAUUACAGAGAGUCUUAUAUCAGCGAUGAGUUGGAUUUGGACCCCCCGGGCAGCGAGAGUAGCCCUGGUCUGUCCCGACACUCCACCAGCAGCUCUGGGAUUGAGGCAGACACUCGGCAGCACAGCCUCUGCGCAGAAAUGACCUCCAGUGAAGAAGACAGUCAACAACACGGAGAGAAAUGUUUGAGCUCAGAAGCCAGUCAAGACAGCUCGUGCACCUUCGAGUUCAUCAAAGGCUGCAAAACACAAACGGAGGAAGAAAUUAGGACCAGUUUUGGAGACGCAAAGGAGCUUCUGGUUGAUGAUCCUGACCAGAUGUUUCAUCUGGCUGAUCUUCUGGAAGGAGUAUCGGUGGAUUGUGCAGAAUUCUACUCAAAGUCUCUUUUACAAGAAAACAAAGAGAGUGCUCCUCUAGAUAAUGACUAUGAUGGAGAGUUGUCUAGCAAGGAAACCUUUAAAGAGAAGCUCAAAUCUGACGUUUUCUUGGAUUCGAACAACCACAUUCUGGAUGAAAACUUUCAACUCCGGACUCCUACCCAUCUUAAAGGGACAUUGCCACCCAAUUCUUCUCAAAACUGCGUCUUUGAAGUCCCAGAAACGAUAAAUUCAAACCUUUUAGCUGUCAAGAGCUCUUCCCCGCUCAUGCACUCCCCGUCCAAACCUUCCUUUUAUGGCCGCAGAUCUACCAACUGCCUCUCCCUGGAUUUGUUAGGUGAUGAUUCCUUUCAAGAAUUCAUCCUCUGAGCACAAUGACUUUGACACUUACAUUUAUUCACUUUCAUUUCAUUUAAAGUUCAGUUUAUUUUGGAAGUCGCCACAACAUGAAUGUCUUCAAAUGAUUAGAAAAACCACUUGUACAGUUCAAAUGUUCAGUGCCUCCUUUGUAAUGUUGAAUUCCAGAUUUUAGCUACAGUCAGUUUGUGAACAGGAUAUUUAUUAAUAUUGUAUAAUGUGUACAUACAAGUCUUUUUUUAUGAACAAAAGCAUAUGUAAUCAAUUUACGUGUUUUUCUAAAGUUCAGGCUUCUCUGAAAGGCCUCAGAUAAUUGAUGAAAGAUGAUUUCAGCAAAUAUUUUUCAAGUUUUAAACCUGCUUUUCUAAAAUGUGGCUUUCUUGCUGUCAGGGUUGUGUAUUUUUUUUUAAAGACUUCAACAUUUGUGGUGCAAAUAUCUGUUUCUGUGUUUUUGAUCUAUAUUUUUAAAUCAUUGUGUAAUAAUAUACAGUUUUUGUAUUAUCUGAGCCAGCCCAGUUUUCUUUAUUGUUCCUCCAAAGCAAUACACUGUAUCAUUUACAGAGUCACUUGUUUUAUACUCGCCAGUUCAUUCAAAGUUUUUCCCUUUCUGGCUGAUUGUCCCUCAGCUGUUUAUUGCAAGAGCAAAGUAUUAAUAUUGGAGUUCUAUUUCUAUAAUCAGUGUACAAUGAAUGCAGUAUUUUUCUUAUAUAAUCAAACACAAAGCCUGU